UUUUAUUUUUUUAAACUCUGUAUAAAUAUGAAGUUCGCAGCCAAAAGUAUCAUUCCGCAGUAUCGAGAAACAUGUAUUCUUUUCUUCCUUUGUGUGUAUUUGCUUUGCUUUGUCAAGUGCAAGGUACAUGGGCAAGAGAUGCAAAAGAAGGCGAGUUUCCAUACCAGGCGGCUGUUUUACUGAGACUGCGCAAUAAGGAACUUCUGUACAUAUGCUCCGGCGCAAUACUUAACCAAAGAUAUAUAUUGACACUCGCCCUCUGUGCUGUACAGUACAAGCCUUCUACAAUUAACAUAUUAGUUGGGUCAAACGAUCUUGCUCGCCGAAAUAAUACCUACUACACGGUAGAUACAGUUCGUCAGUUCAGUCAACCCAAGUACAAUGUAACUAUAUUCUCCCGUAACAAUAUUGCUGUAGUCAGGGUUAAGAACCAGAUAAUCUUCAAUAAAAGAGUCCAGCCCAUAGCGAUAUCGAAUCAGGACGUGAUGAACGGUCAGACUUACAGCUUAACAGCUUUUAGGAAUCAUAUUGAUCCAAACUACUCCACCCGCCUCCAGCUGUUUUUGGUAAUGGCAAUACAAAAUAAUAAACAAUGCAAUUCAUUAGUUGGAAUUGGACUGGACAGUGUCAGGGAACUGUUCUGUAUGACCGCGAGCCCAAGGGAUACUGGAAAUGAAAACCUACCACCAUUCAGCUACCAAGGAGGACCAAUUGCCAGUAAGAACGAGUUGAGGGGUUUGAACAUUGCUGCAAGAGGCAGGCGAGUGGACAAAGACAUCGUAGCUGUAGGAUUACGACUAGCACCUUACAGGAACAUGAUUAAUUCUGCCAUCAAAAAUUAAUGUUUGAUUAUCUUCGAAUCUUUAUGUAUUGUUAAAUAUCCUGUACCACGUAACACUAGGAUAUUUAUUAAAAAUAUAGCACAGUUACAUUUUCAAAAAGGUUAUGUUAGCAAAAUACGUUCUUAUUGUAUGUAUAAGGUUUAAUAAAAUAAUUUUCAUCAUUA